UCAAGCUUCCAGCUUUUCCACCCUGGUCACAGAGGGAGUGACCUGCGCCAAAGAAAGCAAAAUUUCCCUAGCUUACUCCGCUUUCUCAUCCCCUCCUUUUUCUGUGCCCCCUUCUCUGUCUGAAUCCUCCUCUGAAAACAACUCUGUCCUUCUGUUAGCCAAUAUUUGAACCUUGGCGGGUGUCAGGGUUGACACCUGGAGUAGAGAUUGGGGACGUGAAGUUAAGACUCCCUUGGAGUCAACAUGUAGAUUGUUGGGUCCCUAUAAAAUUCUCGCUGCCUACUCUGUUCAGCACCUUCACUGCCUCUGGGGCCACUGUCUCUUUUCCAAGCACUGGGAAGGAAUCUGAAACAUCAAAACUCCCGCUAGAAGAAUAGCCCACCCGACUCCCAUUCUAGGAAUAUCUCCUCGCAGGAUGGUAACUAGACAAUUCACUUCCCGGUUCUGGACCCCAGCUUCCUCAUUGUUCACAGAGAGGAAUAAAACACCCAAGUCCUAGGGAUGCAAUGAGGACUUGCAUGUUAAAAACCCUAAAACGAAGCAAACAUCUACAGUUAUGUCCUGCCCCAGGCAGUGCCCUGUGCCCUAAAGUGGACAGAGUUCUCUCCUUUUUAUACAGGGGGUCCAGUGCCAGACAACCCAAGCUGCUUCUGUCCUCCAAAGUGGAAUAGAAAGCAAGAACAUGGAGGGUUAGGGAGAUUAUCACUCCUACUGGCCCUGGAGAGGAGGAAAGGAAGGGGUUCUUAGAUUUGGAUGAGACACCAGCCUCCCACCCAUAGAUGAGGAAACUGAGGCCUGCAAGGUGAUGCCAGCUACACUGCCAGCCUUCCCGCCCUCCCUACUGCUGUAAGGUGAUGCCAGCCUUCCCACCCUCCCUACUGCUGACCUUCUCACCCCUUUCUUCCCUAGAGGGCGUCUGGGUCAGUGAUGAUAAGUAUGAGAGAAAGAACAAAAAGAAAGAACCUUCAAGGAGCCAGGACCUUUCUGCUAGACUUCAUAAAAAUUUAACAUGAAAACUUCUGCCGAGAAGGCACACACCACAUGCAAAUCAUAUGCUAAUAACAUGCUAAUCUAAAGUCUGGCCCUUAGAGCUCUGACAUACACCUGCUAUAGCCUUGGGGGAAAUUCUGGGGAAACCCUUGGGUUCUAGAAAGUAAGGAUUCCCCUUAGGGUCUUGUUAUGGAAUUUAGUUUCACUUUAGGAUUGGAGAGAAGUUAAGUGUUUAAUUUGGGAUUAGGAACAGCGGAAGUGCAGAGUCAUUGGUAGAGGUUAGUGCAGGAUUCCACACAGGGCUCUGCUUUGUUUAGGAGACUGCUGAACUCACCCCCACCUUCUUGCCACCAGCCUUGCACCAGGCUUCUGUUGUCUUGCUGCACCCCUGGCUACCCGGCUCCCAUUCUUAGGCUCACCUCUUCACUGGGACCUCCUUGUUUGAUCACCAGAGAGACUCUGGGUAAAAUGUCCCUGCUCUCUUCCCCACUCCCCAGCUUUCUCUCAGAGAUUUUUGGCCACAGGAAGACCUACAGGUCUUAGCCCUAACAGUGUCCCUCCUUGGACGAUGACAGCUGCAGAGGAAGCUAUGAGGACCGGGUGAGCUGGCAGCUUCAUUCCAGAGCAUGGGGAAAGAGCAACGGAACAUGAAUAAAUUCAUAGAGCUGGCCCCUUGGCUCCCUGUGAGCCAAGCCUGCUCCCCCCACCCCACCCCACACACACACCAAAUACAACCGCUGCCUCCUGCAGCCUGGCUGGUCACUGCAGCUCACAGCUUAGCCUGGGGAUAGGAGCAGAAGAUGCUCCAGAGAAGAAACCUGGCAUCUGAAAGGGACUGAGGUGAGGGAAUCAAAAAGGGGGUGAUGGGGACUAGGGCUCCUUGGGUGGAUGGAGAACUGGGAGGAGAGGGCUUCUGCUGAAUGGAGGGAGAAUGUGGGGAGAGAAGAGGGGCGUAGGGACUGGGGUGGAUGAGGCCUGAGGCUCUGCAGGGGAGACAGGCAUGAACCGAGACCUGCUUUCCCUGAUCCAUCCAUCAUGCAGCCUGGGGGAGCAGAUCUGGAAUUAGACAUGCACAGGGCCGACAUGGCCCUCAGCCCCCCGAGGAAGACAAAUGGUGACAAAGACCUUGAAUAAAAUUUGUAUUUAUGGUUGCAGGAGGAGCCCUUCCCCCACUGACAGACAAUCCUUUCUGGCCCAAUCCUUUCAGGCAGGUCGGGACCUCGCCCCACUCCCAGUAAAGGCCCAGCCCAGCUCUAGUCCCCAGCCACAUCUUUCUCACAAGGUAUAGCAGGGGGUCCAGAGAAGGAGUAUAGGAAAUGAGAGAUGAAGAAAUCACUUUCUGCCGACAACUGUGCCCAGGUACACCUCGUGCCCUGUUUUACACAACAUAUUCUUCCACACAGCACACUCUUGGCUUUUACCCUACUCUCUAAAAGGCCUUGGCUGCUGUCUACUGUUAGGUCUCCAAAGGCCCCUAGCCCCUUCGGUCCUAAACCCCACUCUCCCAGCCUCUGACCUUCUAUUCCCUGAGAAGACACAGCUACUGACUUUCCCGCUGCACUCUGAUGAAAGCAAGCGUUUCUUCUUGGUCACUCUGAAAGCAAAUAUUGUCACCUUUAUAGGCGAGUGGUUAAUACCUAAUCCAAAUUUGAAUUGUGUUACUAUGCAUAAUCAACCAAACAGCCAUUGUGUGGGGCCUAAUUUCUCUAUAUUUUCUCUAGUAACAAACAAUUGGGGAGGGAGGCUGAUAAAGGCUGAUAUUAGGGCAAGACUCAGGUGGUGCCUAUCUGGGCAGAGCAAGUGAGACAAACCUUCAGACUCUUUCUCACCAGGAGAUUCCACGGGUUUCAGUCCCGAGACAGGAGAGCUGGCUUCUGUGGGUAUCAGACUUUAGGACUAAGACAGAGAGACAUACAAAUUCCCUCUCCAAACAGCCUCACGUAUGUAUACACAAAGACAGCCCACAAUUCGCAGCCCUACUCACCAGCAAGGCCAGGGUCUUAGGGUCACCCCACCACACACACAGAAUCCAGCACCGUUACAACACACAGACCCACAGCCUAGCACUCUGGCUUGCAGAACCGCCCCGCCCCCGCGUCUUCCUCACAGUUGAUAUGUCACAUUGGAGUCCGAACACGGACCUGGGUGUCUCUCUGCAGCGCGCCAUUUACAUUUCUCUCUCGAUCUGUCAACCUGUCUAGGCUCCCUUCUCUCUGUCUCUGUCUUCUCUGUCUCUCCCGCUCUGGCUCUGGGGCUGUCAGCCAGUCUCUUUUCGUGGCUUUGUCUCUCCGAGAUCUCUGUUUCUGUCUCUGAUUUCAUGGAUGUCGUUUCCCUAGUCUCUCUCUCUCUCUCUCUCUCUCUCUCUCUCUCUCUCUCUCUCUGUCUCUUCUCUCCUCCUCUUCCUUUUUCUUCUGCUUUUGUGCGACCCUCCAAUCAUAGAGACCAGGGUCGGAGCGGAGGGAGAGUUGUCUUUUUCCAUUCUGGCCAACAAGUGCCGGUAGAGCCCUUUGCCAUAUUCGGUAUUUGGGGCACCGAGGGACGUGUCACCGGUGGUGAAUCGCGUUUUAUUUUUGUUUGCUAUAUGUAAGUCCCGUUCCCCCUUCUCCGCCCCUUGUUUAGCUCUUCAGUCCCCCUCUGAGGUCUUAUAUGUGUGUUGUAGGCUGAUCUCUGUUUACCCCAUCACUGUGUCCAUCUUCCUCUAAGCACUGAGAAUGUCAAACUCCAGGUACAGGGUGGAAAGUGAGGAUGCGGUGGGGACUGAGACUCGCUGCAAAGCCCUGGGAGCAGGCAAGGAACCCGGAGACCCGGGGCUGGCGGGGAGGUGGGGGAGGUGGGGCGGCCUGCCCCGCCCCCGCGUUUCCCGCUCUGAGCGCCAGGGGUCGCUCCGCCUGCGGCCGCUUAAACUGACUCCCGCCGCGCAGCGACUCACACCACCCGCACUGCUGCCAGGGAGGAAGGUUAGGGACGCAGAGAGGGAGAGCGCUUGCGGGAGAGGGACGCCUGGCUAGGGCUCUGGCGAGGCCACGGCUGCUGAAGGAGGCAGGGAGUGCUUUCCAAGAGCUAAAGUGCAAAAUCGACGAGGUCGCGUCCUUUGAGAGCCCCCGCCGCAGCUCACAGCCUUGGGACGUCGGGAGAGCGGGGAGAGGUCCUCCGGUCUAGCUGGGGUGGAAAAGCAGCGAGGGGAGCCCGGGACCUAGACACCCCCAUCCGCGAGAAAGCAACUGUUUGGAGAGCAGGCAUCUAGACCUGUGGGAAACCAGCCGUCCAAGAAGCUGUGGCUCUCAGGCACCCGAGGGUAAUAUCAGACUACAGGUUCUGAACCCUCAAGAGCUGUCCUUGGCCCAACUCACGGGGGAGACCUCCAUCCUGACCGGAGGUUUGGGGAACAGGAGGAAUCAGUUGGGGCAAGGUGGUCGAGCACAGCCGUCGGGAGAUCCGGACCGGGACCCGAGUCCGCGGAGAGCCCCGGGCCUCCGCCGCCAUUGCGCCCAAAAGUGAGGAGGAUUUGUUGGCCCUGGCCGCGUCACGGCUGAGCCGCCGCAAGCGGGUGGCGGGCGCGGCCGUCGGGGUGGCCAUGGUGUUGCUGCUGCUGGUAGCCAUCCCGCUACUGGUGCACAGUUCUCGCGGACCAACACACUAUGAGAUGCUGGGUCGAUGUCGCAUGGUGUGUGACCCCCAUGCACCCCGAGGUCAAGGCCCCGACGGCGCUCCCGCCUCGGUGCCUCCGUUCCCUCCCGGUGCCAAGGGAGAGGUGGGUCGGCGAGGGAAGGCAGGCCUACGCGGACCACCAGGACCCCCAGGUCCCAGAGGGCCCCCUGGAGAGCCAGGCAGGCCAGGUCCCCCAGGUCCUCCUGGUCCAGGCCCUGGAGGGGCAGCGCCCCCUGCAGGUUAUGUACCCCGAAUUGCUUUCUACGCGGGUCUUCGGCGGCCUCACGAGGGUUAUGAAGUGUUGCGCUUUGACGACGUGGUGACAAACGUGGGCAACGCUUACGAGGCAGCCAGUGGCAAGUUCACCUGUCCCAUGCCGGGCGUCUACUUCUUCGCUUACCAUGUGCUCAUGCGCGGCGGCGACGGCACCAGCAUGUGGGCCGACUUGAUGAAGAACGGACAGGUCCGGGCCAGUGCCAUCGCUCAGGAUGCGGAUCAGAAUUAUGACUAUGCCAGCAACAGUGUCAUCCUUCACCUAGAUGUGGGUGACGAAGUCUUCAUAAAGCUGGAUGGUGGGAAGGUGCAUGGCGGCAACACCAACAAGUACAGCACCUUCUCAGGCUUCAUCAUCUACCCGGACUGAACCCAGCACCUUUGUACAUACGCGCCUUUGCCCGCCCCCUUGCCCCUUUGCUCCAAAUCCACACCCACCUCCCGCUAGUCCUACCCAAGGUCCCAUCCUCUGAGAGUCCGGCGACUCUGGCUCCCCAGGCUACCUAAAUGGGCGGACUCUUGGGGCUCAAGGGUUUUAAGUGACGGGGGAGUGGAAAGUUGGGAAGUGGGAUGAAGAGAGCCACUUAGGGCGGGACCAUCUCGCUUGUGCUCCAAUGAAACCCGGCUGGUCGUGGCCUUCCCUUCCGUCUGGAGCUGGGAGAUCAAAGACUCACAGCGGGGAAAGGGAUGCACCGGCAGCUUGGGAGGGGGAAGCACAGACAAGGAGCCUGUCUAGGAGAGAGCAGACUGUCACAGGUUAGAUACCGGACCUCAGUAGCCACUUUCUUUCUGUUCCCCUCCUGCAUCUCCAUCUUUUCAGGCUCUAGCCAAGACAGCUUUCCCGUGAACUGAAGGAAUCAACCACUUCCUUCCUAGUACUUAAAACCCAUUUUGUACAGUACCCAUUUCACCCCUCUCCACGUUAGGCCCUGCAGCUCCGGAUGCUGUUACUUCUUCCAAUAAAGUGAGGCUGGGGAUUGUGUGGC